GCCGUAUUGGAUGUAGACCAUUGUAUCAUCCCCCUCUUUAUUUGGAUGCCGUCCACCAUGUCGUCUUUUGCGGAUGCAACCAUCGUAUUAUCUCCCUCCUUAUGCGGAUGCAGUCCAUUGUAUCGUUCCAGAUUAUGGGUUGGUUUGUCAUAUGAGGUUAUAUAAGUAUUCCGCUAGAUUUGUCGUUCUCUCAAUUUAUAUCCCCAAUUUUCCCGUAUCACAAUGCUGUCUAUUUUCCAAGAGAACCACAGCACCACAGCAGGCCAGCUAGGCCUCGUCGCCUCCGUGUUCCUAACCAUCUCACUCCUCUCCAGCUGUGUAAUCUCCUAUUUCCGGCCGGGGCUGCGCGAGCUCCCUGGCCCUGUGCUAGCGCGUUUCACACUGCUAUGGUGGGUCCAUAUCAAGGGGGACGGGCAUGUUGUCUACCAGAACAUCCACAAGAGGUAUGGGCCAAUCGUCAGGACAGGGCCGAAUAGCGUGUCUAUUGGGGACGCAGCGAUGAUUCCGAAGAUCUAUCUGUCAGGGCAUUCGUACCUAAAGUCUAGUGAUUUGGCGCCAUUCACGUUCAUGAUUGAUGGCAAAUCGGUGUAUGUUCACUACCCGGGACCCUGUCCUCCACAAGGCCCUAAAUUGGAGCCACUGUUCGACAAAUGCAUGCCCCUUUUUGUGGCCGAGAUGGACAAGCGCGCCGGCUCGGCUGUCGACUUUGAGCUGACUGCACGUGUAGCAAUAGACAGGUACGAUGAGAAGUCGGCAGACUUGCGUGGUGAUUUCUUGGAUUACCUUCGGCAGAAGCAGCUUAAGAACCCCCAUGUCAUGACAGACCCGGACCUCAUUAACAACAUCCUCAUUUUUUUCGUCGGCGCCGUGAAUACCAACUCCGCUAGUCUCCGUGCCUGCUUCUACUACCUCGUCAAGACGCCCUACACCUAUGCGAAGCUCGUCAAAGAGCUCCAAGAUGCGGACGCUAAAGGUCUGCUCUCUGAAAGCCUAUCGUUUACCGAGGGCCAGAAACUGCCUUACCUACAAGCCUGUAUCAAAGAAGCGUUACGCAUGUAUCCUAUCGUGGGCACGCCCCUCGACCGAGUUGUGCCAAAAGGCGGGGCUAUACUGAGCGGCCACUUCGUGCCUGAGGGCACAGUAGUUGGGAUUAGUGGGUGGGCGACGCAGCGCGAUAAGGGGGUAUUUGGGGAAAUCCGUCCGUCCAGAGCGAUGGCUAGAUGCGGACGAGAAGCAGGUUAG